AUGUUUUUCCAUAUAGUGUUGGAGAGGAACAUGCAGCUUGAUCCUCGCUACUUUAGUAACAAUCUCCGUGAAAAUCUAGUAACGCAGCUCAUGGAAGAUGUUAAUAAAGGAAUUUGCAGCAGUCAACAUGGGGUUGUGGUUGCAAUAACGGGAAUAGAGAACAUUGGGAAAGGGCUGAUUGUUAAUGGGACGAGGUUUGCCUCAUUUCCAGUGAGAUACCAGUGUGUUGUUUGCAGACCAUUUAAAGGAGAGAUCUUAGAAGCUGUGGUUACAAUGGUGAACAAGAUGGGAUUUUUUGCAGAGGCCGGUCCGGUUCAAAUCUUCGUUUCCAACCAUUUGAUACCGGAUGAUAUGGAGUUCCAGUGUGGAGAUAUGCCAAUCUAUACCACAUCUGACGGAUUGAUUAAGAUUCAGAUAGAUAGCGAAGUGCGGUUGAAGAUAAUUGGAACUCAAGUAGACCGCACACAAAUUUUCUGCGUUGGUACCAUCAAAGAUGAUUUCUUGGGUGUCAUAAACCAUCCUGCAAGUGUUUAGCGGUCAUAAACUACCGAAAGAAAAUCUUAUGUGAUCUAGAACAGAUAGACCAUCUAAUGUAUUCACUUUUGAGUUGGGAUGUAUUAUAACAAAAUGUCACAAACUCGCAAUUUCU